AUGUCAUUCGAUCCUCGCCGUGAGCGCAGCUCCUCGAAGCGCAAGGUCCGCGACGGUCCUGAGGAGGCUCUUUGCCGCAAGAAGCACCAGCGAAAGGCUGCCGACAGCGACGACGAAGACAUGCAGUACGAGGAUUUCGGUAGCGGAGGCGAGGAUGCUCCGUCGAAGUCGAGCCGCAAGUCCACGGGGAAGUCCGCGCUGCGAGAAGAGAAGGACUACCCGUCUGUCAAUGAUCUGAAGAGACGCAUUCGGGAUGUCAAGCGCCUUCUCAACAAGAGUGAUUUGCCGGCCGAUGCCCGCAUUCUCCAGGAGCGCGCUCUGGCAGGGUAUGAAGAGGACCUUGCUCAGGAGACGGCGCGUCGGGAGCGGUCGACGAUGAUCAAGAAAUAUCACUUUGUCAGAUUCCUUGAUCGCAAGACGGCCACCAAGCAAUUAAACCGACUUCUUCGACGGGAGAAAGAGGGAAAGCUCGACUCUCAGAAGAAAUCAUCUCUCGAACGCAAGAUUCAUGCCGCUCGAGUCAACCUGAACUACACCAUCUACUACCCUCUCACCGAAAAAUACAUUGCGCUCUACCCAAAGUCAAAGGGCAAGGAUUCGGAGGACGCAGCUGCAGACUCGGGAUCCGAGUCCGAUGAUCAGUACAACCAAAAAGAUGCGGAGAGCGAAAAGCCCGCUCUUUGGUCUGUCGUUGAGAAGUGCAUGAAAGAGGAGACCCUGGAUCGUCUUCGAGAGGGUAAAUUGAACAUCGGUCCUGAUGGUAACCCGGUCGCACCUAGUAAAAAGGCUGCACCCAGCGCACAAAGCAAAAAGCCCAAGGCCGAGAAACCCAAGAGCGAGAAGACGAAGAACGACAAGCCGAAGUAUGAGCCCAAGAACGCAAAACAAGACGAAGCCAAGCCCACCACCCGAAGAGAAAGACGUGCCGACAAGCGGGACCAAUACGGUCAACGGGAACACCAGCGUCUGCAAGGCAAGGGUCGUCACCACGUGGCUGCACCUGCCGAUGGAGACGAGAGUGAUGGUGGUUUCUUUGAAUGA